CACUGCCAUCCAUCGAAGUUGCAGAUAUGAAAUGAAACGUGCGGCGGCAGUAUACCUUUGUUUUUGUUGCGUUGCUGACUUACUGCGGAGGAACGGGUAAUUUCUAUUGAUCCACGUUUGAAUCGUGGGUCACCUCCGAUGUGGACACAUUGCAGUCGCUUUAAAUCGGCAUUGUUGUGCGUUUCGCCAUGAGUCCGGGUCAGGAGACACUUUCAAAACUCGACGUUGCAGCCGGCGAAAUCAUUAGGAAAAACCAACAGAGUUACCCUUAUGUCUCAAACGUAGCUGCACACAUUUAAUAAUGCAGGUUUCUUAGAGGUCCUAACAUUUGCAGUGAGGAUGUUGACUACAAUCCAUUCGAAAACCGUCAAAUGCGAAAGGCUAACUCAUCGCUCGGAACGCUGAUACAUCUCAUCAAAGGGUCGCUCGGAACGGGAAUACUUGCGAUGCCGGUGGCGUUCAAGAACGGUGGAUUAGCAUUUGGAAUACUGGGAACUGCACUCGUGGCUAUUAUCUAUACACAUUGUGUUCAUUUGCUGGUCGGUACUUCUCAAAAAGCUUGCAAACGAAGUAAGAUCCCUCUGCUCGGGUUCUCGGAGACUGCCGAGAAUGUUUGUGCGAAUGGUCCCCGGGGCGCCCGGAAGUUCGCCACCUUUGCAAAGGCUUACAUCGAUUACAUGCUUCUGGUGGUGAGCUUCUUCUCGGUUUGCGUAUACUUGGUGUUUAUCUCUACGACGCUACGGGAUGUGCUCAAUCAUGAGCUGGGUAUUGAUUGGUCCAUCCGAAUCUACAUCCUACUUAUGGCGGUGCUGACAGCCAUUAUCACACAGGUCCGCGAGCUGAAAUACUUAGUGCCGUUUUCGCUGAUCGCGAACACUUCCAUUUUCGUAGUGUUCGUCAUUACGCUGUAUUAUAUCUUUAAGGAACCGGUGCAAUUUCAAGGUUGUCAUUUCUGGCCAGAACUGAAAACAUUACCUUCAUUUUUUGGGACAGUGGUUUACGCGAUCGAAGGAAUGGGUAUUGUACUGCCAGUGGAGAACAAAAUGAAACAUCCCCAGCAUUUUUUACAUCCUUUUGGGGUCAUUAACAUUGCGAUCAGUUUCAUUUCCACAAUGUACAUUAUAACGGGUUUCUUUGGGUACGCGCGUUACGGACCUGACACCAAAGGAUCCGUUACGUUGAAUCUACCCAAUGAUGAAAUCUUAGCAAAAUCGACACAGUUGUUGGGAGCAAUAGCGAUACUGUUUACAAUCGGUUUGUACUACUAUGUCCCGAUGGAGAUUUUGAUGCGAAAACUUGAGCACAAAAUCCCACCACGAAAACAUAAUCUCGCUCAGGUGUGUUUUCGGCUGUCAAUUGUGGUGGCGAUGACGAUCUUGGCGCUAACUAUACCGGAGUUGGAACCGUUCAUAGGAUUCGUAGGGUCGAUCGGAUCGGCAACGAUGGGUUUGAUGAUACCGAUUGUGCUGGAUACCAUCUUCCGCUGGCCGAACAAUUUUGGUAGGAUGAACUGGCGUCUGGUGAAAAAUGCGAUCCUGGGAACGUUUGGCUUGUUUAUUCUUGCCGUUGGGACGUAUUUCAGUAUGAUGGAUAUCGUUGCAAUUUAUGUGUAAAAAAGUGUGAUGUUUUAGUCAGUUUGUGUGCAGAAUCAAUAUGUGAAAAUGUGUUGAAUGUUAUUAUUGGUCAAUUAUAUUAGUUCUUAUUUGUAUUGUAUAUUAUUUAAGUGCGUUAGAUUUUAUCAGGUUUUCAUAGAAAAUAAAAAUUUGGUCUGCAGCACAGUAAAAUAUUCCACAUACAUUAAUGCUCUUUUUGAGCUGCAUUGGAGGGUAUUGAGAACAUUCAGGGCCACGGACUCUCCCAACAGUAAUAUUACGGAAAUCCCCAUUUUACUGGUAAGAAGACAUCAUAACUGGUGAAGAAUCAUGGGUUCAUGGCUAUAACGUGAAAACCAAACCUCAAUCAUCCCAAUGGAAGCAGCUGAGUUGGCAAAAAUCGAAGACGAGCCAAAACACGUGCCAUAAAAGUAGCUGUCAAAAACUGAAUGAACAUUCAAAAUGGAUGUUUCGAAAACAUCAAACAAUAGAGAUUCACCAGAGAAGUGGAACUUCAGAGAGAAAAGUGGCAACGAUUUGUGGUACAAAAAUAUAAACAGUGAAAAAAUUGACAGAUGGUUUACGCUCUAAAAAUUGAACAGAAUGUUGAGAAGUCUCUAUAACGGUUGGAGGUUUGUAUAUGUUAUUAAUGUUAGCAUCAUCAUGAUAAACACGGCGAAUGGGAUAGGAAUUACGAACUGAACAUUGAAUAAAAAAUAUAUGUAGACGCUGAAAGAGCU